ACACGGUCGUUGUCAAUAUGACACCGGUCGUGUAUGAAUUAUGCACCACCACCUGCAUAAUGAUGCACCACCGUUGUUACUUUGUACACCGACGUGCAUGAAUCGUACACGAUCGUUGCCAUUUUAGCAACUACCGUGUAUGAAUCAUGCACCACCGUUGUCAUUUUUUUUACUCGUGUGCAAUCGGCUGCAUAUUUACCAUUUUUUCCGUGUUAUUGAAAGAGAAAGGACGCAUUGUGCAAAAAAUUUAUUGAAAAUGAAUAAUAAUUCGCAAGAUCCUCAAAAUAUCAUUGGUGAGUUGUUAGAAAUCGAUGGCAAUAUUGUUGUGGUUCGCGAUACAAACCAUUGCAGCAGUCAAGAUGCGGAAAACAAUGAGGACGAUUAUAUGUUAAGGGAGUUCUUAAAAGGAAUAAAUAUGGAGUCGCUUUUUGAACAAUUAAAAGCAUCACAUGUAACAUUUCGCAGCUUGCAGUACUUGAAAAAAGAAGAUUUAAAGGAAGCAGUGCCACCAUUGGGACUGCGUGUUGAAUUCAGAGAAAAGCUCUUUGCUUGGAAAAAACGAAAGCUCGGGAUUGAUGACGAAACUAUGUCAGUUCCAUCUAAAAUAGGUGAAUGGUGGAAACGCAACGAGACACCUGCAAGUACUCCUGGUACUCCCGACACUACAGGUUCGAACUGCUCAAAAGCCAAAGGAAUUUUGUCAGAGGAUCUAACGGAAUUGUUAACACAUACCUCGAAGGGGAAACUAGCGCUUGAAUGUAGUAGCGUUAAUAAGAAAUUAAGUGACGAGCAAAGAGAUGAUAUAAUUAAUAUAAUUAUUGAAGAUAUUUUAACCAACAAUGUUACUCUUUACACUCAAGACUAUAUGCGCAUAUUGGAUGAAAUUUGUUCCGUUUUUCCUCUUGAAAACGAAAUGAGGGUAAGAUUAACAAUAUAAACAACGUAUCUGAUUAUGUAGUUUCUUAACUUAUAAUAUGUCUU